AUGUCGCGCAAAGACGACAGGGCUUAUGCCACGGACGAUGAAGAAACCAAACGCCCCCCAGUCAUGAACUCUACCGAAGGGUACUUCAUUCCAACUCCCAAGUUUGUAUCUAACCAACGUCGUGACUCCACCAGCAAAGAAACUGGAGAACGGCAAAAGCGCAAAUUCAGCGAGGCCUUCGGCAAUGACAAGGGGGGCUUUUUUUCUGAUGUUGUCUGGAACAGCAUGACCAGCACCAAGAAACAACAAGUCCAAGUGCAAGAAGACUCCGGUUGUUACAACCAAGAAGAUCCCACCGAAGCCAUUGCCGAAGGAAGAGUCUGA